AUAAACAUAAACAUUUUUUAGGAAUAUCAAAAAUGCUUUUUCACAUAUUACAAAUUAUUCAAAAUAAAAAAUCUCUCUCCCAUUUAUAAGAUAAAAAAUAUUCUUUAACCUACUAAAAAUCACUCAAGAAGGGAAAAUUCGAAUCAUUUUAAUAGAUUAAGGACAUUUUAAUCUAAUAAAUGGAAGUAUGACAUUUUAAAAUUAUUUCUAAUAUGCUAAAUAAAUUUUGACCCAAAUGCAAAUUCGAUUCAAUCAAUAUUCAAUAGUGAACGAAAAACAUUUUAAAACCAUUUCUAAUACAUUUUAAGCUACUAAUUAGAUUUUUGAGUAAUACUUUUUCAUUUUAUUUUCGAGAAAAUGAAAUUUUUUACCCUUUUACAAUUUAAAUAAAAAAAUAAUAAUCUUUCUGGAUGUCUGAUAACUACAAAACAAAAACAAAAAACUAUAAACAACUAUAGAAAAAAAAAAAGAUUCGAAUUACUAAAACAAGCAAUAAUGUACUUUAAAAAAUAUCUCUAGCUAUAAAAUCACAAAGGGUGACUUCAAUGUUUGACAUCCAAAUUCUCAUAAGUCUCUUCAACACUAAUUAUUUGGUCAUCAUGGAAAACAAUGAUGUUGUUAAAGAUGUAUAUCCUUUCUUUCGAGUCUACAAAGACGGUCGAGUUGAACGUUUUUAUGACGUACAUGGUACAUACUAUCUCCCGCCAUCACAGACAUCUGAUAACGUUUCCUCUAAAGACAUUACCAUCUCGCCUGACGUCUUUGCUAGGCUCUAUCUUCCAAAAAACACUACUACUCCCAACCAAAAGCUCCCCAUAUUAGUCUAUUACCACGGUGGAGGACUAGUUAUCGAAUCCCCCUUUACCAAUUGGACUCAUCGUUACGUAAAUCUCUUAGCUUCACAGUUGAACACCAUUAUCGUAUCCGUAAACUAUAGGUUAGCCCCAGAGAAUGACGUGUCAACGAUCUAUAAUGAUGGUUGGACCGCACUUCAAUGGGUCACUUCUCAUGCUAACAAAGACGACUCUGUUAUGACCAGUACUUUUACCAAUUAUGACCCGUGGUUAAAAACCUAUGGUGAUUUUGAUAAACUCUUCUUAGUUGGAGACAGUGCUGGUGGUAAUAUAGUUUUUACUAUGACAAUGAGAGCAGGUAAAGAAAGUUUAAAUUGUGGUGUGGGGAUAUGUGGUUCAAUUCUUGCUUUUCCAUACUUCUUGAUCGAAAAUAUCGAUCAAGAGGGUAUACCUUAUAAGAUUUGGAUAAACAUUUGUCCAUCAUUAGAACAAGGAUUAUUUGCUAUUGAUAGUCCAAUGAUUAAUCCACUUGCUAAAAAUGCACCUAGUUUGUCGGUGUUGGGUUGCUCGAGACUUUUGGUUUGUAUCGCGGAGAGAGAUGAGUAUAUUUCUAGAGAAACAUUGAUUCGAUUCGUUGAAGGUGUGAAGAAAAGUGGAUGGAAAGGAGAACUGAAGGUUAUUGAACUUGAAGAAGUAGGUCAUUCGUUUCAAAUAUAUAAACCUGAUUGUGAAAAAGCUAAAGAUAUGAUGAUGCAUUAUGCUUCGUUUAUUCACAACAAGUGAUUAGUAGAAAUAAAAAAUAUAAAAAUGUUAUUUGCAACAUAUUGCAACUAGCUAGCCAUUUAAUUAUCUUCCGUUUCAGAUUGUUUGAAAAUUAUAAUUUUAAAUGUCGUGAAUUUUGUGUUGUUGAGCUACUUUGUCUUAUUGUGUUACGUAGGUGCAUUAUAUUGUAAUCUUUUCAAGUUCAUAAUGUGUGAAAUUAUUUAGUUGGUGUUGAGUUUAGAAAUCUCCUUUGUCACCUUUCAGUUCAAUUGUACGUUGUUAUUUAAGAGAGGAGAAAAGAGGCAAAUAUGUCUUAUAAUUUUGCUAUUUAGAGCCGAUAUUUUAUAGUUCAAAAAAUGACGCAUAUAUAUUAUUGUUGUUUAUCGAAUAAUAUAUACUAAAUUGAAAGAAGAGUGUAUAAAUCCUUCAUUUAAUCAUGAUCAUGCUGGAGUCUCAUAUCAGUGUGGGCUAAGUGGUACUUGAUUUUGAUCGCGAACAAUGCUCCUAUUUGUGCUAGUUCUUUUGGAUUGAGUUAGGUCCAACUUAAAGUUUAUAUAUUUACAAAUUGUUCAACAAUAUAGUGGC